AUGAAUUAUUACCACCAAACGAAGAUUAUUAUACAAGUACUGGGCGCAGGGCAAACCGUGGGGAGGUCUUGUGUUAUCGUCGAGCUAGAAAAUAGAAAAGUCAUGUUUGACUGUGGUUGCCAUUUGGGUUAUAAGGAUGAAAGAAAAUAUCCGAAUUUUAAUUUAUUGAUAAGGGGCCCAGAUAAAAUUGAUCAGUGUCAAAAAGAAGAUUAUAUAGAUGAUGAAAAUGAAGAUAAUGUAGAUGAUGAAAAUGAAGAUAAUAUAAACGAGGAAAAUAUAAAUAAUAUAAAUGAUGAAUAUAUAAAUAAAAUAAAUGAUGAAAUUGUAAAUAAUAUAAAUGAUGAGAAUGUAAAUAAUAUAAAUGAUGAAAAUGUAAAUAAUAUAAAUGAUGAACAUAUAAAUGAUAAAUAUAAAUAUAAAGAUAAAGAUAGUUCGGGUCCUAAAAAAAAUAAUAGGGAUAUUGAAAAAGUUGAAGAAAAUGUAGAUGAACCAAACUUUUAUGAUAAUUCCAAUACAGAAGUAAAUAUAAGUAUAGUAAAUAGUAGUAUAACAGAUAAAGAGAACUUAAUAAAUAAUUUAAAAAGAAUAAAUGAAAUAAUUGAUUGUGUGAUUAUAAGUCAUUUUCAUAUGGAUCAUAUAGGUGCAUUACCAUUUUUUACAGAAAUAUUAAAAUAUCGAGGAAUAAUACUUAUGAGUUAUCCUACUAAAGCUUUAAGUCCGAUCUUAUUAUUAGAUAGUUGUCGUGUAACUGAUAUGAAAUGGGAGAAAAAAAAUUUUGAAAGACAAAUAAAAAUGUUGAAUGAAAAAUCGGAUGAAUUAUUAAAUUACAAUAUUAAUUGUAUAAAAAAAGAUCCAUGGAAUAUAAAUGAAGAUAAUAUAUAUAAUUGUAUUGAUAAAGUAAUUGGAUUACAGAUAAAUGAAACAUUUGAAUUAGGUGAUAUGUCAAUAACUCCAUAUUAUGCAGGACAUGUAUUAGGAGCAUGUAUAUUUAAAAUUCAAGUAAGAAAUUUUAGUGUGAUAUAUACAGGUGAUUAUAAUACUAUACCAGAUAAACAUUUAGGUAGUGCUAAUAUACCAUCAUUAAAUCCUGAAAUAUUUAUAUCUGAAUCAACAUAUGCAACUUAUGUAAGACCAACUAGAAAAGCAUCAGAAUUAGAAUUAUGUAAUCUAGUUCAUGAAUGUGUACAUAAAGGAGGAAAAGUUCUUAUUCCUGUUUUUGCUAUAGGAAGAGCACAAGAAUUAUCUAUUUUAUUAGAUGAUUAUUGGAAGAAAAUGAAAAUAAAUUAUCCUAUAUAUUUUGGUUGUGGAUUAACAGAAAAUGCAAAUAAAUAUUAUAAAAUAUACUCUUCAUGGAUUAAUAGUAGUUGUAUGUCCAAUGAAAAAGAAAAUCUGUUUGAUUUUGUAAAUAUAUCUCCAUUUUUAAAUAAUUAUUUAAAUGAAAAAAGACCUAUGGUUUUAUUUGCAACACCUGGAAUGUUACAUACCGGACUUUCUCUUAAAGCAUUUAAAGCAUGGGCAGGAAAUCCACAAAAUCUAAUUGUUUUACCAGGUUAUUGUGUACAAGGUACUGUUGGUCAUAAAUUAAUUAUGGGAGAAAAACAAAUAUCUUUAGAUGGAACUACAUAUAUUAAAGUCUUAUGUAAAAUUAUUUAUUUAUCAUUUUCUGCACAUGCUGAUUCUAAUGGUAUACAACAACUUAUUAAACAUGUCUCUCCAAAAAAUGUUAUAUUUGUUCAUGGUGAAAAAAACGGUAUGCAAAAACUAGCAAAAUAUAUUUCAAAUAAACACAUGAUUAAUUCUAUGUGCCCAUCUUUAGGACAACACUGUCAUUUUGAUUUUAUAAAACAUAAUAUUAAUUAUAUAUAUAUGCAUAAAAAUAUACAUAAACAAAUAUUACAACUUAAAAAAAAAAUCAUGAAAUAUAAACACAAUAAUACACACAUAAACACUACGGACACACAAGAAACAGCUCUUUAUGUUAAUGAAAAUAAGAAAAAAAAAAAAAAAAAAAGAAAAAAAGAAUAUACAUAUGUAAACAAAAAAAUUAAUGUUCCAUUUAAUGCAUAUAUGUUUUAUAUACCACUAACUCAUAAACCUUAUAUAUUCCUUUUUUCAAAAAAAACUUUAAUACAAUAUUUAAAAAGAAAACAUAUACCAAUCAUAAUUGAACAUAAAGAAGAAAUAAUUAAUUCAGAUCAUUUAUUUAUAUAUAAAAAUGAAAAAAUAAGCAAUUAUCAUAAAACACAUAAUAAAUUAAACAAAAUUCUUAAAAACGAUAAACAGAAAAAUUCUAAUCCUAUCAAUGAACACAAAAUUAAAGUUCGUAAUAAAAUAAUUCAAAAAAAAAUAAAUAUACAAACAAAAUAUGAAAAUUUUGAAAAUUAUAAAAAUAAAUGUUUUAAUAAAUAUUUCAAUCAUUCAUAUGUGCCACUAAAGGAUGAUAAUAUAUCAAAUAAUCUACCUAAACAACAACGGUCAAAUGUAAUCGAUCAUCCAUAUACAGAUGAACAGUUUAUAGGAGAAAACCAAAAUGAACAUAUCAUAACUAAUAUGAAUGAUUUAAUAAAUAAAAAUAAUUCAAAUUGUUAUCACACUAAUCAAAAUAUAGAUUCUUUAUCUAACAUAACAAUUCAAUCUCCAAAAAGUGACGAUGAUGAUAUUAGCCCCAUUAGUAAUAAUGACAAUGAAGAAAGUGAUAUGUCACAAAAAAAAAAAGAACCUUUAAUAAAAAACAAUACCAUUAAUAGUGAUGACAAAUCUAAGAACCAAAAUAUAAACGAACAUCAAAUAAAUAAUAAUAAUGAUAAUAAUACCUAUGAACAAAAUAUACUUGAGAAUGAUAGCUCAUCCAAUGAUGAACAAAAACCUUUUAAUUUUGUUCAUAAAAAAGAUAAAGUUAAUCUACCAUUACUUAAUCUAAGAUUUAAAGAAAUUAUUACCAUUGCUUAUCAAACUUUUUAUAAUUUUGUUCUUACAUUUUUUCAAGAAAUUGUUAAUACAGAAAAUAAAGAUAAAAUAGAUUUUCUAGGUAAAAGAGUUCUAAUUAAAAAUGUUAAAUAUAACGAUAAUUAUUUUUUUUAUUUAUCCUUCCAUUCUUUAAGAGCUAUACAUGAUGGACAAAAUAAGUUGAUCAUGCAGUGGUCCUAUGUUGAUGACUACCCAAAUUCAGUUAUUCACAAAUUUAUACAAUGUAUACAUAAAUAUAAUCAAAUGGAAUAA